AAAUAAUUAUGGGUUUAAUUUUGCCCUAAACUACAUUAUACAUAUUGUGAUGAUAAUGGGCAGUUUAUAAUAUUGCAUGUAUUCGUAUAAGGUGGAAAGUGUUGUCCAGAGUGAACAGAAAGUGGAUGUUGUGUGAGUAAUCAGGAGGGAGGGAGUUUUUUUUGCGGCGUGUGUGCAGUGGGAGAAACACGCGGUGGGACCGGUACUACAGCAUGGAGAGAAAAGUGCUUGCACUCCAGGCGAGGAAAAAAAGGACCAAGCCGAGAAAACCAGGCAAAAAACCUGAUCCCCACCCACGGGGAGCUGCCCAGCCUGACUCAGCUCUGCAGGAGCAAGAGGAGGAGAUCUUGGGCUCUGAUGAUGAAGAGCAGGAAGAUCCCAAUGACUACUGCAAGGGCGGUUAUCAUCAUGUGAAGAUUGGUGACCUGUUCCACGGCCGUUACCAUGUGAUCCGCAAACUGGGAUGGGGGCAUUUCUCCACUGUGUGGUUGGCGUGGGACAUCCAGGGAAAGCGCUUUGUGGCUAUGAAGGUAGUGAAGAGUGCAGAGCAUUACACUGAAACUGCUCUGGAUGAGAUCAAGCUCCUGCGCACGGUGCGGACCUCAGACCCGAACGACCCGAGCGGAGAGAAAGUAGUGCAGCUGCUGGACGACUUCAAGAUUUCAGGUGUCAACGGCACUCAUGUGUGCAUGGUUUUUGAAGUCCUUGGUCACCACUUGCUCAAGUGGAUCAUCAAAUCUAACUACCAGGGUUUGCCCUUACCCUGUGUUAAAAGCAUUAUUCGGCAGGUUUUACAAGGUCUGGACUAUCUGCAUACAAAGUGCAAAAUCAUCCACACAGACAUAAAGCCAGAGAAUAUCUUAAUGACUGUCGAUGAGUCAUACAUCAGGAAGCUGGCAGUCGAGGCCACCGAGUGGCAGAAAUCUGGAGCUCCUCCGCCAUCCGGCUCAGCAGUCAGCACAGCUCCAGCUCCCAAACAGGUGGUGAAAAUGUCUAAGAACAAGAAGAAGAAGCUGAAGAAGAAGCAAAAGCGGCAGGCCGAGCUGCUCGAGAAACGCAUCCUGGAUAUCGAAGGGUUAGAGAAAGCGAACGAGGGGGCCGAGGAUGAGGAGGACGAGGAAACCGAAACCCCUGACACAACUCCGUCUGUCCCCAACAGUCAGACUCUGCAGGAAAUCACAGCUGAGGCCACCCUGGAGGAAAUUCCUGUAACCUGGCCUCAGCACAGAGAAAGUGCCUUGGACGGCAACUUUACCAGCCAGCACCCCGAGGACGAGAAGCCUGCUGACGCACAGCAGCAAGAGAAGGAAGAAUCUCCCAUCAACCCCUAUGGCAACGUCACAGGAGAGGCGGAGUCCCAGCUCGUUAACCCCUACCCAGUGUGCAAUGGGACGAUCCCCUCCGAGCCAGGCUGUCCCGAUGGUAAUGGACCUUUGCAUUGUGACAUGAUUGAGUCGCAGCAGAAACAGCAGACACUGAAUACAACGAAGCCGAACGCCUGCAACAUGCUAAACGAUUGGGAGAUAGAGUCGAGACGCAAGAAGGAGCUGGAGCCUAGUUCACAGGCAGGCCCAGACAUGGAGGACGUUAAGCUUGCAGCAGGGAGUCUCUUGGUGAAUCUGCUGGAACCACUGAACGCUGACAAGAUCCAGGUGAAAAUCGCCGACCUGGGCAACGCCUGCUGGGUGCACAAACAUUUCACGGAUGAUAUUCAGACACGGCAGUAUCGUGCUCUGGAGGUGCUAAUGGGUUCAGGCUACAGCACCCCAGCAGACAUCUGGAGCACAGCAUGCAUGGCGUUUGAAUUGGCAACAGGAGAUUACCUGUUCGAACCGCAUUCUGGUGAGGAUUACUCCAGAGAUGAAGAUCACAUCGCGCUGAUCAUCGAGCUGCUGGGCAAAGUUCCUCGCAAACUCAUAAUGAAUGGCAAAUAUUCGAAGGAGUUCUUCACCAAGAAAGGUGACCUGAGGCACAUCACUAAGCUGAAGCCGUGGGGGCUUACGGACGUCCUGGUGGAGAAGUACGAGUGGCAGAGGGAGGAGGCGCAGUGCUUCAGCAGCUUCCUUCUCCCCAUGCUGGAUCUGAUCCCCGAGAAAAGAGCUACAGCUGCCGAGUGCCUCCGGCACGCCUGGAUCGCAUCGUAAUAGCCGGGUGGGUGGUGGUGGGGGGGAUAAACACACGCACACAGAUACUUAUCUUCGAUUUAAAAAAAUAAAAAAAUAAAUAAAAAAAGACUAACCAAGUCUGUUCAAAAGAUAUACUUCAGUUCAUGAUGGAACAUGAAGGGGUCCAAUCAAACAGAUGUAAUAUCUAUUUAUUUCUCGUAAUAGUCCUUUAUAUGUACCAGGUGCAGUUUGGUGUGUCCUACCAUUUUGAUGCCCCCUUCUCUUUUGUGUGCAGACCGCGUCUAACACCGCGCUCGUUUUCAUACGCAGGGUAAUUCAGCAGAUUAAUACAAGUCGAAUUAUUUCUCUACAUUCGCUUUAGUCAUAAUCGGCCUUUUUGUGACACAGCCGUGUUCAUUUGGCAACACUGAAGGAAGCACAGAUGUUCUGUCUCUACUGUAAAAAUAAAAGUUUGGUUGGUUUGUUUUGUUUUUGGAAAGUUUUCCCACAUUACAGCACAGGCUGCAUGAGACACAUGAAUGAUUUCAGGCUGACAGUGAUGGCCUGGCUGUAAAUGGACAUUUAUUGUAUAAACAGAUGCGUAACGAUUUUCAGCUGUCACUUUUGUCAUAUGUAACUCGAAAAAAUGUACAAAAAAAAAAAGAAAUACAGCGCACAAUUAGGUACGUGAGGGACUGUCGGUGUGCAAAAAAAAAAAAAAAAAAACCCUAAAAGUUUCAUACGCUCAAUGUGGAAAAGUUGAACGUCUUCGCCACAGAGUCAGUGGUGUGAAACCAAAGAGUUGGCGCUCUUUAUCACAGUGUCACCAUUGUUCAAUUCAUGCAUUGCGUUUUUUGCUCGAUGGCGAUGUUUGAGUAACCGAUACGAAGAUGCCUUGAUAAACGCUUCUCUGAAUUUUGGGGAUACUUUUACUGAUGUUGCUCGUAGCAGGAUCAGUGAUUUUGUUUAGGGUUGUUUUUUUAUGUGUAAAUGAACGUAGAGUUUUAUUGUGAAGGACCGGGACCUCUGCUUGCUUUUUGUAUCGAAAGACUUGUCACCUUUGACCUUUUCCAAUUUCCACAAGCAUGUCCUUUUUUCUUUUUUUUUUUCUUUUUUUUCCACCCCUUUCCUCUCCUUUCUCUCUCUUUGCUUUUUCUCAGCCGUUACACUCUUGAUUGUUUGCUGCUUUCUGUAGUUGUUCUGAAUAAAGCCUUGAAAGUCGA